AUCAUUCAACCUAUCCAGUCUUAUCAAAGAUCGAUUUCAUUGACUGGGCAGCACUUCAACAUUCCCAUGCCUCGCUGCAAACAUUGCAUGCCAAGAAGGACGAUAGGCCGAGGCACCCCGCUGUACCUGGAAAUCACCCCCUGGAAGGGACCGUUGCUGGGUGUAGUCAUGACACCUCCCGUGUCGUCGUUGUCCUCGGCUGCGCGGAAUCGAUCUUCAGACAAUCCACCCCUCAUCUCCCCUGUCGACUGCAUACCAACACACUGACAUCCGACUUUUGCGCUCGUUUCAUCCGAAGGCACUCUCGGUAAAGCAGUCACCCCGAAGGGCCCGAAGGACAAUCAAGCUGUCUGAAGACCGCUGUGGUCUGGUGCAUAUAAGCCGCGAUGGAAAGCUCGAUUCCCCCUCAUACACAUCCAACUUUGGCUUGCCAGCUUCGACCAACACCCAAGCUCUUGCCGUACACUCGUUCGACAACUCACACUCCCUCUACACAUACCCUCUCCUUAUAAACGCCUACCCCUCAUAUCACACCUCAAGAUAUGCGCUCAACUCUCGCUCUUAUGUCUAGCUUGGCUGCAGUCGCGCGAGCUGCUACUUCAGUCACCGGAAGUGCAGAGGGCUUUGCUUCUGGCGUCACUGGCGGUGGAGAUGCCACUGCCGUCUACCCUACCACAACUGACGAGCUAGUCUCCUACCUCACCGACGACUCUGCUCGAGUGAUUGUCCUUCAACAGACCUUUGACUUUACCAACACCGAAGGCACAACGACCGCCACAGGCUGUGCUCCUUGGGGCACUGCCGAUGCUUGUCAGGUCGCCAUCAACAAAGAUGACUGGUGUACCAACUAUCAGUCUGACGCUGCCAGUGUCUCUGUCACUUAUGACAAUGCUGGUCUCAACCCGAUCCAGGUUGCUUCAGACAAGACCAUCAUCGGCGAUGGCUCGUCGGGUAUCAUCAAGGGCAAGGGUCUUUAUCUCAAGAACGAUGUGUCAAACAUCAUCAUCCAAAAUAUCCGUAUCACGGACCUCAACCCUAAGUAUGUCUGGGGUGGUGAUGCUAUCACCCUCGACGGCACCGAUUUGGUGUGGAUCGACCACGUAACCACCGACGAGAUCGGCAGGCAGCACAUAGUACUUGGCACCGAGGCGUCUGGCCGUGUCACCAUCUCCAACUCCAACAUCGACGGCGAAGCAACAUACUCUGCUACGUGCGAUGGGUACCACUACUGGAACAUGUACUUUACUGGUUCCAGUGACCAGAUCACCCUGAAGGACAACUAUAUCCACCACUUCAGCGGCCGUGCCCCCAAGGUUUCGGGCAACACUGUUCUCCAUGCUGUCAACAACUACUUUUACGAGUCCAGCGGCCACGCCUUCGAGGCUGAAAGCGGCGCCUACAUCCUCGCCGAGGGCAACGUUUUCAGCGGUGUAUCUACCGUCUACGAAGAGAACUCUUACGACGUUGUAUACGCCGUUAACGACGCCACGGGCGAGUCUGCCUGUUCCUCCUACAUUGGUCGUGAAUGUGUUGCAAACAGUUUCACCGACUCGGGCAGCUUUGACUUGUCUGAUGAGACCGCGUUGGAGCAGUUCAGCUCUCUGUCCAACAUUGCUUCAGCAGGCUCUGUCUCUGAUGUAACCGGGCUGGCUACCUCGGCUGGUUAUGGUACCAUCUAAGUAGUUUCGCUUACCAAAAGGAGUACUCGAGUCCUCGAGUACUGCCGAUGGGGGCAGACUGGUAUAGGAUGACUGGUGUCUGUGUAACCGUAGUAUCAGAAGUGUUCUAUCCAUCUCUUGCAUUUCCAAACUCCCACACCCUCCUCAUCCAUGCAUGCUCGUAUCCAACAAUGACGUUCUCCCGUGUUAUUUAUCAUCGUUCCAAGGCCCAUCUUCCGUGAGCACAACAGGGCCGACUCUUGGGAUUUGUCCAUAGGGAAGCAGUACCAAGUGUGACUGGCUCAGAGCGUGC